GGGUCCCGACCAGGUCCCGACCCUCACUUUGGUAUCAGCUGUUUCCGACUGCGGCCGCUUCCUGUUCGCCGUGACGUCAGAGGGGAAAAUCACGUGGCCUCCAGGAGGCUCCGUCUGGAGAAAUCUAAUGGAAUAACACGUCCACGCAAAUAUUAAUAACACCUAUUUUUAUCAACAACGGACGCCUUUUUUUUUGUUGACCUGUAUGUGUAUCACAGCUUCUCAGAGGAAGGCUGGCUAUCCCAACCUGUCCAUAUAAACUCUGCCCGACACUAUGGAGGAGAACUGCUGGAUGUUUACGGACUGUGUCUCCCACCAGGAAGCUGCAGGGCUGCUUCUUUACUCCUUUAGCGUCUACUUAUAGUUACCUCACUUAAAAGGUGCGUUUUCACGAGCAACUUAAAAAAAAAAAAACCCAGCAGUGGUUACUACUCGUUAAUAAGCAGCUGGUCUUCUUCUUCUGUUAUUCAGCAGUAGUAGAGGAGGUACAAACAGAAGCUUAGUGCUGAUAGCCGAGAAGAAGAAGAAGAAAAACAUGUCUGGAACCAAGGCGUGAGUGUUUUUGUUUUUGAGUUUGACAAAGUUUUUUUUUUUUAUCGACCAUGAAGUCCUCCCUGGCUCCCGGCAUACGGUUCAUCACGACCUUUUCUCGAGAUGCCUGGUACCGGAGUUUCAUCCUCUUCCUCACCUUCCUCUUCUACACUGCCUACCAUCUGUCCCGGAAACCUAUCAGCAUUGUUAAGGGUCAGCUGCACAGAAACUGCUCCAAUGUCAUCAAGCCCCCAGGCCUCAACAUAACCGACAAUGAUACCUGGUGUGACUGGAAGCCUUUCGACCAGGACAAUUAUCAGACCCUGUUUGGGGUCGUGGAUAACUCGUUUCUGGUCGCCUAUGCCAUCGGCAUGUUUAUCAGUGGGAUCUUUGGGGAGCGCCUGCCUCUAAGGUACUACCUGAGUUUUGGGAUGCUGAUGAGUGGAUUGUUCACAUGUCUGUUUGGCCUCGGCUUCUACUUGAACAUCCACUCAUUAGGAUACUACGCCUUUAUCCAGGUCAUGAACGGGCUCAUGCAGACGACCGGCUGGCCAUCGGUGGUGGCUUGUGUCGGCAACUGGUUUGGAAAGGGGAAGCGUGGGUUCAUCAUGGGUGUGUGGAACUCCCACACCUCCGUGGGAAACAUUUUGGGUUCCCUCAUCGCGGGAGCCUUUGUCUCCUCGGCGUGGGGGAUGUCCUUCAUCGUGCCUGGACUCAUCAUCGCCUCCACCGGAGUUCUGUGCUUCUUCUUCCUGGUUGAGAAACCUGAAGACGUCAACUGCACACCUCCUCAGCACCAUACUGAAGAGGAGAGCGGGGAGACGGAGCCUGAUCUUCAGACUGCUGUACAUGUUGAAGGUGCCAGCAAUGGAUACGGUUCCAUCACCGCGGAGCCUCAGGAGGUUGUGGAGGAGCCAACCGAGGCCAUCAGCUUCUGUGGAGCUCUCAGUAUACCUGGAGUGGUGGAGUUCUCUCUCUGUCUCCUUUUCGCCAAGCUGGUCAGCUACACCUUCCUGUACUGGCUUCCUCUCUACAUCUCAAAUGUUGCACAUUUUGAUGCAAAGCAGGCAGGAGACAUGUCAACACUGUUUGAUGCUGGAGGAAUAGUCGGAGGAAUCACGGCGGGCCUCGUCUCUGACUACACUGGAGGCAGAGCAACAACUUGCUGUGUCAUGUUAAUCGCUGCUGCCCCCAUGCUUUUCCUUUAUAAUCACAUUGGACAAAGGAGCUUAGCUACGACAAUCGGUAUGCUGCUGCUAUGUGGAGGCCUGGUGAACGGACCGUAUGCCCUCAUCACUACUGCUGUAUCUGCUGACCUGGGGACACAUGCAAGUCUGAGAGGAAACUCCCGGGCGCUGUCGACAGUGACGGCAAUCAUUGACGGGACCGGAUCAAUCGGAGCUGCUUUAGGUCCUCUGUUAGCUGGUGUGAUCUCUCCCACUGGCUGGAACAACGUCUUCUACAUGCUCAUCUCUGCCGACAUCCUGGCCUGCCUGUUUUUGUCCAGGCUCGUUUACAAGGAAGCUCAGGGUUGGUGUCGACGAGCCCCCCGAGGAAGAGGGUUCAAAGAAAUCUGACAUUCUCACGCCAUCAAACUGGGAACCAAACACAUCUAUGAGGGGAACAAUGCCACAUGACCUCAUUGAACAGUUGAUCACCUUCUUUCAUCAAUCUGAAUGGAAACAGAAAGCCAUCAGUGGAAGAUUCAAGGCACUAAGCUCAUGAUUAAAGCCUUCUUCUUAUUGUAUAACAGAGAGAAUUAUGCCUUUAUAGAGACAAAGACUUUUUUAUGAUUAUUACGACAUAUUCUAACUUGUUUGUUUUAAUAUUAUUUUACCAUUAAAGUGUACAUACUGUAAAUAUCUCUAAA